CUGUUGGAAAAAUAUCGAGUCCACUUGACACCACGGAGAGCAGAGCAAGCUUCGCUCUCGUCACUCGAAAGGCUGACCUCACUUUCACGAAAUAUGGGCUGCCCGUUUUGCAAAAUUGCUCCCGCGAGGAAAGCGAGCGGAAUCACUGCCUACGACUACGCCAAGAAUUUCAUGACUCCAGGUUCAAGGAGCAGACAGGCGUCGGUGAUUUCGCAGCCGACCAGCGUCAGCAGGCGCCUGAGCUCCCUGAGGGCUUCGCUCGACGCCAGUGACAGGGAGCCGCCGAUCUACAUCCUGAGCGGCUCGCCCGCCCUGCAGCAGCAUUACGCGCCGGCGCCUCCUGGCUUCAGGGAGGACGCGGUGCAGCAGCUGAUGACCCCGCCGCCCAAGACGCCGCGCAUGUCGGGCUGGAAGCACUCGGCCCUGUCGGUGCCGGCGGCGCCAUCGCGUCCUCCCCGCAAGAGCGACGCCGCCAGCAACAGGCAGAAGCGCAGCGUGUCCGUCGAGAGGGUGGCUUCGAGCAACACCCUGGCGCCACCUGAGCCCGUCCUCUCGCGCUGCUCCUCGUCGCCAGCCAUCGAACUCCCAGAGGAAACGGCAGGGCGACUGGAAGCGUAUCUCAAGAAGAACCAGAGUUUCAGCUCCAUCCACAUUCUCCUCAAUGAGUUGCAGGCUCAGAGCAACAUAGACUCAGCUGGUCUGUCAGGGUACGACUCCGACCUGGACGACGAACACUGGAACGCGACCUGCCUCGAUCUGGCCGGCAUCCAGUUGCCCACCUCGAGGAGGCACUCGAUCGAAAAACCCGAAAAAGAAGAGGCCUCGUCGAAAAACGCGGCGAAAGUCUUCAUCACCUGCGACCCUGCGGACGACGACGACGACGACAUCGCCUCUGGUUUGGAGCAUUUGAACGUCCCAGUGCCAACUGGAGCAAGCAAAGGUGGACUCUCGCCAAACAGUGCCGCGAACCAGAUGCUUACUGCUCGCGGAGUGUCGCGUCUGCCACCGAUGAUCGAGCUGCGCAAAUUCUCGGACGUGAGCGAGGGCGACGAGGAGGCGGCUGCUUUGCCGAAGACGCCGGGCUCAUGGUUCGACCAGGAUGAGGACGGCGCCGACCGGCCGCCUUCCUUAUUCCUGGCCAAGUCGCUGCUGAGCAGUCUGCCGGCGGCCGAGAUUCGCGAGGAGGCCAUGGUGACGCCACCGCCGUCCGAAAACGAGGAGGACGAAGAAGACGAAGAGCCACUGUGUCCUGUCAUCACGCACUCGAUUCUACACAAGGUGCUGCGAGGUUUGCGCUCUGAGGACGCCGCCGAAAACCUCAUUUCCCGUCGUGGCAGCAUUGGAAAUGUUAGUCUCAGCGGACUUGACGAUUUCCUCAAGGCGCUUCAAGUGCAGCUAACCGAUAACGAGGAGGCAGAAAGCGCUCCAACCAUUUCCGACCUGCAAUCUGCUCUUACCGAGUUGCUCAGCGCCGAGAAAGUCAACGAAAAACAACAGUUUAUGGACGUCGCUGUGCCCUGAUACUCUCGAGGCAUAGUAUAUCCUCGUAAUGCUAAAGUGUAUGCAACCUUAUCUCCGCUAUAAAUAUUCAUAAGCUAAUAAAAUUGUAUUUAAAUACAUGA